AUGGAAGCGCCCAGUAGCUGUUUCAAGAUCCUAGCAGCUGCAAAUGGUCUUGAAGGUUCGAGUUCCGAUUUUGAGGGUGAACAUGAGGUGUUUGUUUCCAACAAGGAGGGUGGAAAAUUCAAUUUAUGCUAUGAAUUCACGUCAUGCUGCAGCAUUGUUGGCAAACGACAGGAUUACGAAGCCCACAACCCCAGAGUUUCCGAUGGCGCUAGUUACUCAAGUAAGUGGGCGCUAGUCGCAGAACGGAGCUGUCCAGAAAUGGAGGACGACGAGGGACGUUCAUCCGAUGGUAGAAUGAAAACCGGCAAUCGAGCGAAGCAUUUUGCCGUACGAUAUUAA